CUGUCAUCUGCCAACUUCCUACUUCCGAAAUUCCCACAUCGUUGAUCCGCCAUCUUGAUCGUUGGAUCAUACGUCAGACACAACAGCAGGAAUACAUUUAAUUUGCUGAUAUCAUCUGUGGCAAGACAAAAAGAACUCGGGAUGGCUGAUGAACUUGAUGUUGAAGCUAUGCUUGAGGCUCCAUAUAAGAAAGAGGAAGAAGGAAAAGUUGAAAGAUCUUCGUCUUCAUCAAAGAAAGAGAAGAAAAAGAAGAGAAGCAGGAGCAGAGAAAGGAGCAAAGAGAGGAAAAGGUCUCGAAGUCGUGAGAAGACUUCAAAAGUGAAAGACAGACGGUCAAAAAGCCGUGAGAGAAGUCCAAAAUACAGAGAUAGGAGAUCUCGGAGCAGAAGUAAGGACAGAAGACGAAGAGAAAAGGAAAGAGAUCGCCGCAGGAGCCGAAGUAGAGACAGAGACCAUGAACGUCGCAGGAGAAGCCGGUCCCCUCGGAGGAGAAGAAGCAGGAGUGCCCAAAGAACUGAUCAACCACAUGCUGAUAAAGAGAGAACGGAUCAACCUCAUGCUGAUAAAGGAAGAGAGCCAGAGUUGACCCCAGAGGAAAGAGACAUCCGUACUGUGUUCUGUAUGCAGUUAUCUGCUCGUAUAAGGCCCAGAGAUUUGGAGGAGUUUUUCUCUUCUGUUGGCAAGGUUCGGGAUGUGCGUCUUAUAACAGACAACAAAACACGCAGGUCUAAAGGCAUAUCAUAUGUGGAGUUUGCUGAUCCUGAGUCUGUUCCUCUAGCACUUGCAUUAGCAGGGCAGAAGUUGCUAGGAGUUCCCAUUCUGGUGCAGCCAUCUCAGGCAGAGAAGAACAGGGCCCAGCCCGCUGUUGCACCUGCACCGCAAAAAGCCAGCGAAGGACCUCUCAGGCUUUAUGUGGGCUCCCUGCAUUUUAACAUUACAGAAGAUAUGCUACGGGGUAUAUUUGAGCCAUUCGGAAAGAUUAUUGACAUAAAGAUCAUGAGAGAUCAUGAAACACAGCGGUCGCUUGGGUUUGGAUUCAUUAGUUUUGCAAAUGCUGAUGAUGCCAAAAAGGCUCUGGAUCAACUGAAUGGCUUUGAACUAGCAGGACGCCCCAUGAAAGUUGGCCAUGUCACAGAGAGAUCUUCAGAAAAUGGUCAGGGCGGCGGUCAGGGAGGGCAGCUGGACACAGAUGAAAUGGACAGGGCUGGCAUUGAUCUUGGAGCCACAGGCAGAUUACAACUUAUGGCCAAAUUAGCUGAAGGCACAGGCUUUGAGAUCCCACCAUAUGCUGCCAGUGCUCUAAACAGUCUGACACAUGCAUCUGUGACAAUCGGAGGCACUCCAGUGAACCCACAGACUCCUCAGCCUCUGCAGGCUGGUGUGCAGUCCAAUAUAGCAGCAGCCCCGGGAGCCCAGCCACAAGCCCCAGCCACUUCUGUCGUCACCAAUGCGCCACCUAUCGCUACUCAGUGUUUCAUGCUCUCGAACAUGUUUGAACCACUUACAGAAACAAGAACUACAUGGGAUCAAGAGAUCCGAGAUGAUGUGAUUGACGAGUGCAACAAACAUGGUGGUGUGCUGCACAUUUAUGUGGACAAGAACUCCCCCCAAGGCAAUGUUUAUGUAAAGUGCCCAAGCAUAUCGGCAGCUGUUGCUUCAGUCAAUGCAUUGCAUGGAAGAUACUUUGCCGGUCGGGUAAUAACAGCAGCUUAUGUCCCUUUGCCCAACUACCACAACCUGUUUGCUGAAUCAGUGCGAGCCAACCAGCUUCUCAUGCCAUCAUCACAAGCUCUCUCUGCCUCGUAUCAGACGGGAUUCAUGGCACAGCCACCAAUGAGAUAAAAGUAGCUUACUGUUACUGAAUGUGGCCUAAGAUGUUGAACGGGUUUCUACUGAUCUUACUUUGCUGGUGCAGUGCAAUGACAUUCAUGUUGACAAAGAUGCAGUCAGGCCAUUUGCUGUAUCACUUUAUGUUGUACAAAACAUUCUUUCACAUGUAUGGAAGUGUGCCAGUCACCAGUAUAGGUACAGGAUUUUGCGCAUAGAGAUGUGCAAGACGUACAAGUGGGUAUGCUAUGAAGGGACACUGCUCACUACGCUAUUGUUGAUUGUGUUGGGGGGGUUGGAGGUUUUUUUGUUUUGUAAACAAGGUACCUGUGUUUGUAUUUCUAUCUUCAUAAAGGAAGUGUCGGGAUCUAGUGCUUUUGCAGGUUCCUCUUCAUCCCUCCUUGCGUCCAAAUUGCGAGCUUAAAAUGUCACGAUUAAAGUUACAAAACGAUGAUGUUUUUUGCUCAGGGGUCUCUGUGAAAGUCCAGUGCUGUUGUUGUGUGUUGAUAAUGACACACUGGUGUCAUAUUUUGUAUUGUCCACUCUGUAUGUACACCAAAUUUCCCAAGAAACUUAAAUAUUUUGGUUGGUAUGUUAGUAUGAGAAAGCUGCAUGAUGUUAACCGGUCUGGUGUGUCUGAAAUCCAUGAUAGUGUACAUUACAAAAUCAGGAGUAAUAGUUUUCAAGCUUCUUUGUAUCCGUUUUGCUCAGUAUGAGAAAAAAAAAUGUUUUGCAUAAUCAUUAACAAAAACUAAAUUAAGUGCGAAUAGGUCAGUUUUGGUUGUGUCCAUAAGUGUUCAUUUAGACCCAAACAGGUUAAUUGUCUUUGUCCCCUUCAUUGUUACGGCAGGGGCUUCAUGGACUAAUAAAAAACUACAUAUGUCA